GACGAGGAGAGUAUGCCGCUCCCGAGGCGGAUGACGCCGGAGCUGGCAGCAUUUACCCUCGGCAGUAUCGUCGCGAUCGUACGCGCUAGUAAUCCUCUCUCUGCUCCUGAAUAGAUGUGAGAUUUGUCCUUUGAAACUAGGCGAGUCGACACGUGAAAUCCGUGCAUCGAUCUACUCCCUGUAACCGUGCUAAACCAUCCUCGUCUAUCGAACAUUCGGCAAAUUGAAUCGUGUGAAAAGGGACCAAACAGUGCGAAGAACCACCUGUGAAUGGAUCUAUAGAGGAGGAUAAUCAACCCCGAGGAUACACCUGAGUUGUACGUUUUUCGUUACACCGUCCAAGUUUCCCGCUUACCACUCAGAGGAUCAACAGGAUUCUCGGCUGUUGCUGUCUGGUUAGAAGGACGAUACUGGUAAUAUGGCAAGUAGUAUACUCGAGUAGUUUCGAGUGGCUGAUGGAAGCUCGUUUAAGUCGAAGCGUGCAUCGUGGUGUUUGGAUCGAAGCGAUUGAUGACUAUUUGAUGUCUUGAAAACGAUCGGCAUGAAAUACUUGAAAGUCGUUCUGUUCACGUUCAACUUAUUAAUAUGGUUGGCCGGAUGUACAGUACUGGUGAUAGGGGCAUGGCUGUUGCUGGAGCCAAGCAAAGAACACCUACUAAACCUUUUCGUAGCUGACACCUCAACGAACGGUACUAUUAAUAUAAUAGCGUACACUUUGCUCAGUCUUGGUUUCACGGUACUCACGGUUGGUUUCUUCGGAUGUCGUGCUGCUCUGCACGGAAAUCAAUGCAUCCUGGGUACCUAUAUGAGUAUGUUAGUGGUGCUGAUCAUCAUCGAACUGGUAACCGCGAUUGUCAGCGGGCUGAUAACGUUUCGAACACUAUCCGGAUUGGAGAAGCGUCUGACCGACAAAUUAGCCAAUGACUAUGGCCACGAGCCGACCAGUGACAUCCCUUUCAGUCAUAGCCUCGACUUCGCGCAAUAUAAGUUUAAUUGCUGUGGAAUACACGGAUACGAGGACUAUAAUGGCACGGCCUGGUGGAGAGACGCGCAAAUUUCGGGAAACAGAAGGCAGGUCCCUCUCACGUGCUGCGUAUUAAAAAAUACCGAGAUGAAAAAUACAGGAAGUCCAAUGAGCGUCGUUUCAAGGGUGUUUCACAAACAUACUGAGAAACCGUGGUUAAAUCCAAAACCAAAGGACGAAUCGGCGUGUCAAGUGGAAGAUGAAGAGGGUCACGACGGGUAUCGACAUAAAGAGGGUUGCCUUGCCAAAGUCACCAACUGGCUGCAGUACGAGAGUUUCACUCUGGUAUUUCUCGGGAUGGCGAUAGCGGGUAUACAGACAUUCGGUAUAAUAACUUCAGCGUUCCUUUGCCGAACGAUAAGGGACAUGCAAGCGGAUUGAAACCUUCUCAGUGCAAAAAGCACAGAGAGAAAAGAAGGAUCGAACUCAGGUUCCCGUUGGACUUGCAAGGAUAUCAGACAAGUUAUUUUCAUGUUUCAUCCGUUACACUUCUGACGAUUUUGCAAAAUGGAAACAUUCGAUCAAAGGGAACAACGAUACACGUGAUAAUAACAGGACAUUUUCAAUAAGAGUUCAAAGUAUUCUCGGAUUCUUGAAGGCGUUUUAAUUUGAAUAACGGGUCUAUUUGGUUCCAUCGACAAAGAUUUGUUCGACUAUCUUUACAAUAAUGCUAUUUUUACUACUUUUCAUACUUCACACAAUUCUGUAUUCGAUUUUGGGUAGGUAUAGUCGUUGCAGAAAUAUACUGUGAACGUAAAUCUCAUCUAUAUGUAAUAUUGCUGAUAUUUAUUGACAAACUUUUCAUUAUUUAUUUUAAAUAUAUUUAGUUUAUGGCAUUUAUUGAUUCCUAAUCAAGAGAAAAAUUAUCAAUAACCGAAAUAUUUCUUUAUUUCUCCACACAUUCAAUAAUAUUAACAAUAUUGAGUUCCUUUCGCGACCAUAAUGAAUUUCUACUAGGGCUAUACUUCGUUGAAUUUUCUAUCACAAUUUUUUCUUUUUAUAAUUUAUUCAAAUGUAAAUAUUGUGGAGGAAAUCUUUGUCGAUAAAAUGAAAGGGACCCCAUGAAAUGUAUUGUAAAAUAGAAAGCUGUGCUUGCUCGAUACCUUCCAAGCAAUUCCCGUCCCUUGCGUGUGGUUUCAUCGUGGAUCAACGUAUCUACUAUUCUGUACAUAAGGCGUUUCACCCUCUCCGUGGUCGCUCCAGGUUUUAAAGGGCGAAAUUGUACAUUUUUUUAAUUGCCACACGUGUAAAUAAAGCGCGACGAUUCUCGAAACACGGGAUGGAUGACCGAUGCGAUCGGGGUAUAAUCGAGAGAGAAAUAUACGGUUCUUAUUUUUCCUGGAGCAGGCUUAACACGCGACGUGAUAUGAUUUUUCACACGACACACCGUGAUUUAUAUACAUUGGCAGGAGCAUAUGUUCGAAACGAUUUUGUGAUUUUUUACUACGAGAACAAAAAAAAAAAGGAAAAAACAAAAAGUAACACCAUUUGAAGAGUGAAUGUACGUAUUAUCGGUGUAUGUAUAUUUGUGUGUGGUAGAAGAUUCAUAGCCGCGUAUCAGCCGCUUGUGACAAAUGGAUGCAUAUUCUAGAUACAAAAAAUGAAACAAAUGAAACAAAAAGAGAAACGUAUGCUAUGACAUAGUACCCGUAACGUCAAUCAGAAUGCGUUCUUUUUUCCUCUUGCGUGCGUUGAUGGAUAUUUUUGAAGGAAAACGAUUGAUUAAAAAUUGUGCCAAAUAGAUUAUACCCUGCGACAAGGGAGUUUGUUAUAUCUUUAUUUUCGAACGAACUUUGUUGAAUAACGUUUGAUGCAUUCGUAAAGUGUCGUAGGAAAACAAUAAAACUAUUACUCUCUGUAUAUAAAAUUUAUUUCACAAUCGUUUCACUAAUUUUACACUUAUACAGUUUGAACAAAG